UAUGUCACUCGACAAAGCCCGUUACCUGGACCAUUCCCUUUACCGUAUAUAGGAAACGCCUUACAAAUUCUUUACAUGAAUUUCAAGGAGGGAAAUUAUCAAUUCGAUCUGGGGGAGUACGCAAGAAUGCAAGUCGAGAAAUACGGUCAUAUUUCAGAAGUAUAUCAAGGAAGUACUAGAGUGAUUUACUUAAGUAAAGCGGAAUACUUGGAGAAAGUUUAUGUGCCCAAUUCUAAUUCGAAUUAUUUUGCCAGACCGGAUAUAAACGGUGUGAGUGAAGUGAACGCUGUACACGGUUUAUUUUUUAAUAAUGAUUUUAAAAGUUGGAAGAGGAUUAGAAAAUUCGUUUCGCAAUCUUUAAUGUCACCAAGAUUUAUACGUGAAUUUACGAGCACCAUACAACAAUU